CAAACUGUCGACGCCAAACGAAUCUCGGUCGAAACAAAAUUUCCUCAGCCCAUGUGCCCGGUUGAACCGAUGUGUUGUCUUCCUAGCAGGUUCUUGCCAGGUACAAACGAAUCCUAAAACCGACGCAAGACGAUCCACAAUGCCGACAGCAUCGUCGUGUCAUGAUCUGUCACUGUGCUGGUGAGUGGGAGAAAGGAACUGAAUGGAACGAAAGCAAACGGCCAUCUUCAUCAUCAAGUCGCCAUGAGGAUAACCGCUGCAGCCCUUUCAUCACCGAUAGAGCCGAGCAAUUCCCAGGUGCCUCAAUACCACUGGCCUCCGUAACAUCCAACUCUCGACUCCGGGAGAAGAUCACGGAUUUUGUCAAUCUCGGGCUUUGUUCCUCCAUUAUUAUCGUCAAAUGAUUGCAGUGUCUAUGACGUGCAAGAACUACCAUUUUUUAUACACAUAUCAUUCUACACCAAUCAAUACCUUUAGCUGGUAUUGAUACUCCUAUCCAACCUGAAAAGCCGCCAGCUAGCCUUUCAUCGUUGGUUGGCCACUUUGACCUUUCUUUUGUGCAGACAUGGCACAAUCACCAACCAACGGACUUCAGUAUCCACGUGAUCUGGCAAUACUCAAUCAACAUCGUGAAACCCUUCCGGGGCCACGAUUGCUCCAUGAAUUGAUCGCCAGCGAUUCGGAGGAGGAGUUCCUCCUCGAUUUCCUCACAUCUGCUGGGGACAGGAUACAGCUUACCUACCAGGAAUUUCACCAACUCACAGAUCUACUCGCACAAGACAUCCGGGACCACUUCCACAGUGCACUACACCCAUGGUCAAUUAUUCCAGUGGUUAUACCACAAUGCCCAGAGCUCUACGUGGCUUGGGUAGCGGUUCUCAAGGCUGGGGCAGGCUUCUGUCCCGUAGCCCAGGACGUACCCCGGGAAAGAUUGAAGUUCAUCGUCCAAGAUGUCGAAGCAUCGUUCAUGCUGACCACCUCCAAGGUGUUGGAUUAUGUCCAGCAUACAGUCAGCGAUGUGGAGUGCAUGUCGAUAUCACUCGAAGCCUUGCGCGGCAGACUGGGCUCCUGCAGAACUACGUCUUCAACUACAAGGCCCCAAUUCUACACAGACCCUGAAGGACCCGCGUAUGUGAUGUACACUUCAGGCUCUACAGGCCUACCAAAAGGGGUCGUGGUCUCGCAUUUCUCGGUAACACAGUCAUUACUAGCGCAUGAUCAGCAUAUACCCCAUUUCAAGCGAUUUCUCCAAUUUGCCUCACCAACCUUCGAUGUUUCAAUAUUCGAGGUUUUCUUCCCUUUCUUUCGGGGUGCAACAUUGGUCGGCUGUGAGCGUGAGCGCAUGUUGAGCGACCUUCCGGCUACAAUUCGAUGCCUUGAAGCGGAUGCUGCUGAGCUUACUCCUACGGUAGCAGGAACGUUACUGAGGACGAGGGAAGCCGCACCUUGUCUGAAAACGCUCCUGACGAUCGGGGAAAUGCUCACCUCAAAGGUAGUGUCGGUAUUUGGUGGCGAUUUCGAAAGACCGAGCAUGCUGUACGCAAUGUACGGGCCGACGGAGGCUUCAAUUCAUUGUACGCUUGCCACCAAACUAGCUUCUUCUGCUCCAGUUCGAAGUAUUGGCCGCCCUUUGAGAACUGUGACGGCUUUUAUACUAAAGGAUACUGAUCAUCUUGAUAUUGCUUCGGUUGGCGAAGUGGGUGAACUUGCCAUUGCAGGCCAACUGGCCAAUGGAUAUUUGAACAGGCCGGAUCAGAACAAAGAGGCCUUCAUUGACCUUCCUGGCUACGGCCAUAUAUACAAGACCGGAGAUCGCGCCAUCUGUCUGCAAGAUGGAAACCUCGAGAUUCUCGGGCGCAUGAGCUCCGGGCAAGUGAAAAUCAGGGGCCAAAGAGUUGAGCUUGGCGAGAUUGAAGAAGUGGCCUUGAAAACGCAAGGAGUUCAAUUGGCUGUUGCAAGUGUCAUUGAGGAUGUUCUUAUACUAUUCUGCGCAGCACAGGAAGAAGUCAAGGAUGCAGACGUGUCCGCCAUAUGCAAAUCUUGGUUACCGCCCUACAUGCGCCCGGGAAAAGUCCUCUUAAAAGGAGACCUGCCAAGACUGCCAUCCGGCAAGGUCGACCGCAAGACCCUUGAGCUCGAGUUCCGACAGUCAAUCAAAACAGCUCAGACAACGCAAGAGUUCGAAGAUCAGCUCGAGAGAGACAUCGCGGAGAUAUUGCAGCGGGAAAUGGGUCACAAUAUUGCGAGAUCAACAUCAUUCUGGUCUCUCGGACUUGAUUCUCUGCGGGCCAUCAAGGUCGCAUCUCGUUUACGGCAAACCUACAGGCAGCUCAACGCCGGAAUGUUAGCGGAGGUUGACAAUGUCGUCGAGCUGGCGGCAAUUAUUAGAAGCCAGGAACAUUGUCCGAAUUCCCAAGACCUCGAACAACCUUAUGAAGAGUCUCAAGAAUGGAAGGAUAUUGAAAAGACGUUGCUGGGCAGUCCACAUGCUUUGGACCUCGAUUCAUCAUGGGAGAAACUCCUUCCUUGCAGUUCAAUGCAACUGGCAAUGUUGGUCGAGACUGCCGCAGCCGAAGAAUUGAACUUCAACAAAAUUUGGCUCAGCCUCUCUUCCGAGAUACGCUUCGAGGAUGUGUUCGACGCAUUCAAAGUAAUAGCAAGACGCAAUGAGAUUUUGAGGUCAGGAUUUAUCUCCACCGGCUACUCAGACAUGCCGUUCACACAGGUCGUAUGGAAGGAUCUCACAGACAGUGAACUAACACUCCUCCACCCACUACAGCUAGUGCGGCCUGCUGAUGACGAGAGUCAAGUCCUUGUACAAAUACACCAUGCUCUCUAUGACGGCUGGUCCUGGGACCUAAUAAUCGAAGACCUGAACAGGGUCUUAUAUUCAGAGGCCUUGCCGGACAGGGCACAAUUUUCACAACUGAUCUCACAUGAGCGCUCACAAUCUCUUGCUCCUGAAGCUGUUGCCUAUUGGAGUGGCUUGUUUCAAGAUUUCGUCCCUUCCGACUUUCCGUAUCUGUCGGCCUCAACAUCUCAAAACUCACAAAGAACAUCAGUCACUCUACCCUUGUCGAUAUCUUACUCUCAGCUCUCCGCAACAGCCAUGGCUCUCCGAUGUGGUCGAGAGGCUAUUUUGGAAUCGGCAUGGGCUUUCUUGCUGUCGUCUUACGUCGAUAAUCCUGACGUAGCCAUUGGGGUCGUGUCUGCUGGCCGACUUCUUCCAAUACUAGGCAUUGAGUCUAUGAUCGGCCCUUGCUUAUCAACAUUCCCUGUACGCCUCGACAUGAAUGCUGUGAGGACGGUGCAAGAUGUAGUCAACCACAUCCAGCAACAACGUUCUCACCAUCAGGCAUACGGGGCUCUCGCCCUCCGAGACAUCAAUCUGGCGGCCCGGGUGUCACCUGGAAGUCGGCUGUUUGACACCUUGUUUGUAUGGCAACAGAAUUACGAGGAUGGUGAUGCACGCAAUUUCAAGGUGCAGACUGCGAAAACCCAGGAUGCCUUAGCCUACGCCACUGUGCUAGAGCUUGAACCUUGCAACGAAGCGGUCCACCUGAAGAUAUCUUUCGAUACAACUCGAAUCCCGGAGGCCCAUGCCGAAUUGUUGGCUGGUCAACUAGGCGAAAUUACGCAUCGAAUGAUACAGAAUCCAGGCCAGGAGCUGCGUCGCCUGUGGGCAAGCUGUGAGCCACGUCUUAUGUCGCUUGUCAACAGCGAAUACGAAAGAUUCGAAUCGAGGUUUGACCUAAUGACUCCCAUUGAGGACGUGGCGCGAAACGACCCUGAUAGACUAGCAGUCGAAUUUGUGCGGAAUUUUGACUCAGAAGCUGGCCGGAUGGAAAAGGAGACACUCACAUACCAGGAGCUACAUAUGCAGGCUUCGAUCGUGGCUUCAGCAUUACGCAGCUCAUAUGAUGUCCAGCCAAACAAUGUCGUAUCCGUGGUUGCUGCCCGAUCAUUGGAUCUUUAUGUUGCUAUCUUGGGCAUCGUUAUGGCCGGUGCUGGCUAUCUGUGCAUUGACCCUCAGACUCCGCGAGAAAGGAUCAAGCAGAUUCUGGAGAUAUCGAACAGCAGGCUGGUGCUGUUCGGUGGUGGCUUCGAUCCUGGCACAAUAGGACACUUCCCAUUGCUAGAAAUACGCGCAAUGCUCGGCCAGCCUGUCCAGGCUGGAGGAGACGUUGUUGCCGAUGCCACUGGGGAUCACCUUGCUUAUGCAGUCUUCACUUCUGGCAGCACGGGCGUUCCCAAAGGUGUCCUUAUCACGCGCAAGAACCUUUUAAGCAACCUCGAGCAACUGUCACGUAUCUAUCCAUGUGUACCUGGGACAGAUCGACUCUUACAGUCCUGCUCUCCAGCAUUUGACGUAUCUGUUUUCGAGAUUUUCUGGACAUGGCACGUGGGGAUGACUUUGUGCACCGCCUCGAACGAUGUCCUCUUCAGGGACCUUGCACAUUUCAUUGAUACCUUAUCUGUAACUCAUCUCAGCAUGACUCCUUCAGUGGCUGCGCUGGUCCACCCUGACAGCGUUCCAAAAGUGAAAAUGCUAGUGACUGCUGGAGAACCCAUGAACUCGAAGGUCUUUGGUGAUUGGGCUGACCGAGGCCUCUAUCAGGGAUAUGGCCCCAGCGAAACGACGAAUAUUUGUAAUGUUCGGCCGAAAGUGUCCAGCUCGACUGUUUCAACUAAUGUUGGACCUGCACUUCCCAACACCUCCAUCUUUAUCUGUCAGAGACAAGCGUCGACAUCUACAGAUAUCCCGAAGGGCACAGACAGCAAGGCACAUCCAAUGUUCGAGACAGUGCCCAGGGGCGCAGUUGGUGAGAUCUGGAUCGGUGGAGAGCAGGUUGGCCGUGGGUACGUUGACCCCGAACUCACGGUGCGUAGCUUCUUGGAACAUCCGACAUACGGCAGGCUCUAUCGUUCUGGGGAUAUUGGAAGGCUUCUUGCCGACAAUUCCUUGAACAUUCUCGGCCGUGAAGACGACCAGAUCAAGCUACGAGGCCAGCGGAUUGAACUGGGCGAUAUUAAUUCCUCUUUGCUGAGGGAUCGCGAAGUCCGAGAUGCCGUCUCCAUGAUCAUCACUAAAGAGGGAGAGAAUGCUAGGCUUGUCACUUUCUGGACACCUCGCAAGCCAACGAUAGCAAACAAUGUUCCACAGAUGACACGGUCUCUUUUUGAGCAGUUGGCAAGCACACUCCCGGGCUAUAUGGUACCCGAUGUACUCCUUUACCUUGAUGAUAUACCCUUGACUAGGCAAGGCAAAGUUGACCGUAAGGCAAUGGUUUACAAGUACUCAGAGCUGACUCCCGAGGAAUUGCAACAGGUGUACAGGGACAGUGCUGGUCCUGAGGACACAAAUGAUCUCUCUGAGUCUGAACGCUGCGUUGCCGAAGCAUUAUCUGAAUCACUCCGUGUGCCUCUUGCACCUAUCCGACGCAAUACUUCUUUUUAUGGCCUCGGACUGGAUUCAAUAAGCGCGAUCAAAGUAGCUCACGGUAUCAGAGCCCAUUUUCCGGCUGUGGAGAUCUCUACGAUUUUGCGGAAUCCAUCAAUUGGUCAAUUAAUGGCACACCUCGUGGUUGGAGAUGAAAACAAUUCGAGAAGGCGGACAAGAAAAGACCUUGAGCAACUCUUUGACGAGCAAACGAAGUCAAGUAUCAUCGACAUUUAUUCCAAGGAAGAGUUGGAUGUGGAAAAAAUCCUCCCUUGUACACCACUUCAAGAAUCAAUGGCGAUAAGUUCGCUGGCACCAUCCUCCAAUGCUUACCAUAAUUCAUUGCGUUUUCAAGUCCAUGGAGACUUGGCAAAGCUCAAAGACGUAUGGGCACAGGCCCAAAUCAGACAUCAGACCCUCAGAACAGGCUUCAUUGCGCUGGAUUCUGCUGAGAUUCCUUUCGCGCAGGUAGUCUUGAAGAACUUUCCUCUUCCAUGGCGGGAUAAAGAUGGCCAGCUACCUCCCUCUCACGACUCUCAGCCACUAAGGUACCCACCCUGGAGUUUACAAGUCCGACAGAGCGAACACUAUGGCUCUGAACUGGUAUUGAUGAUCCAUCAUUGUCUAUACGACGCGGAGGCCAUGUCAAUACUUCUAGCAGAAGUCCAAGCCAUCUACCACGGCUUGGAGUUGCCACUUUCCAUUGCUUUCGACAGAUACCUUGAAUACAUGGAAAGCUCAAAAUCCAAUGCCACAGACCAGUUCUGGCAUGAUAAGCUUCAACAUACUUCGAGUUGUAAGCUGGGUGAUCUUGUUAAGGGAGGAGACAAGGUCGAAAGGGGCGUCGGCACCUCCAUAGCGAGCCGUGUUGCGACCCUCAAACUAAGAGAAUUCCAAGAAUGUGUUCGACGUGUUUCGUCCACGUCUCUUGCGCUAUUUCAAGCUGCCUGGACCCGAUUGCUCAUGUGCAUGUUUCAGAGAGAGGAUGUCUUAUUUGGCAAUGUCCUUAGCGGCCGCAAUCUACCUAUCGAAGGCGUCGACAGAAUCGUCGCACCGUGCUUCAACACCAUUCCUGUGCGGGUCCAACUCAAACCAGGGGAAACCAAUUCCGACUUGACUCGAAAUCUACAGCAAAUGAAUAUUGCAAUGCUGCCAUAUCAGCCUAGCUCACUUCGCCGCAUCCAGAGACAGAAUGCUCCAAAUGGCGGGGCGCUCUUCGAUGCAUUGCUGUUGCUGCAGCAGGAAGACUUGCAGCUCGAUGAUCAGAUUUGGUCUUUGAUCGAGGAGUCUGGAGACAUGUCAUUCCCUUUCAUCCUGGAGAUUGUCAUAAACGCAGACACUGAUGCGAUAUGCCUUAGGUUGCAUUCCGAGAUUGCCGGUGAACAUUUCCUGGGACAAGUGCUAGCAAGCCUUGACGUGCUUCUUUCGCAUACUGCAAUUUAUCCUCAGUCACGAGCGCUAGACUUUUCCACUGUCGCUAGAGAAUUGCCAGAAACGAACCCAGUCGAAAACGCAGAAUAUGAAGCAAGGGCUUCUGCAACAACUCAGGUGAAUGGGUAUCACAAUGUUGACGAGCAGCUAUCGACUGUGGAGGUCUUGAUAGCAGAUAUCCUGAUGCAACUCAAGCCUGAAGCGUCCAUCCGGAUCCACAGAGACACAACCAUCUUUCAGCUAGGCCUCGACAGCAUCAACGCCGUUCAGAUCGCAGCGAGGCUCCGGAAAAAGGGGUACAAUAUCUCGAGCGCCGACAUUCUGGAAGCCGCCAGCGUUGACCAAAUUGCAGCAGUCUGCGAGUCAAACAGCCAGAAGCCAGAAGUAGCGGUAGCCUUCGAUCUUGAAGCAUUUGACUAUAAGUAUCGCAAGUCACUUUGCUCAGCUAACGCUAUUGACGAAGAAACGGUUGAGGCAGUGCGGCCGUGCACACCAACACAGUCAGGGAUUCUCUCACAAUUCCUGCGCUCGGACCGUCGGAUGUAUUUCAACUCUAUGCAUUUUGCCAUUGAGAAUGGUGUUGACUUUCGGAGGUUGAAAGAGGCUUGGGCUACUGUGCAAAAGAUGCAUGAGAUGUUGAGAACUGGAUUUGUCGAGACCGAUGAUUCACAGAUUCCAUUUGUCAUGAUCACAUACCGCCCUGAUGCUGUUCGGCUCCCCUGGAACAGUGUGCACUUCCUGGCCCAAUCUCAUACUCCAGGGGUCUCGCAGGACCAGCUUGACCUCUCCAAGCCACCUUGGAGGAUAGCGGUGUCUUUAGCGAACAACACGAUGACACUCGAGCUCUCUAUGCUGCAUGCUCUGUACGACGCCCACUCUUUGGAGAACAUGACGCAAGACGUGGCUGCAUUGCUUCGGGAGGAGGAGCCAUCUCGAGCCAUUACGCCAUCUCAGGUCAUCUCAAAAAUCCUAGCGAUGAGCAGGAGCGAGGAAUCCCGGAAAUUCUGGAACGGGCUUGCGUCGGAUCUCUGUCCAACCCGUUUCCCGGACAUGAGAGUUUAUUUCAAUGACAGUGAGGAAUAUCAUGUGAUUUCGAGGCGCUGUAGUUUACCUCGCCGAGAGCUCGAGAAGGCAUGUGCAGAUGCUGGAGUAAGUAUACAAGUUUUAUGUGCUACCGGCUGGUCCCGCAUACUUUCAGCCUAUACUGCACAGGACCAUGUCACAUUUGGCAUUAUCUUAUCAGGGCGAGACUUCGAGCAAGAGGAAGAGAAUGAAGUUGCCUUUCCUUGCAUCAACACUGUGCCGUUCGCGAUAGAAGUGUCGCAGGAUUCAAAAGCGCUUCUGCGGCGAGUUUCCACACGUUGUGCUGCACUGAUGAGGCACCAACAUACUCCCCUCAGCUCGAUCAAGCGCUGGGCUGGGAUUGAAGACGAACUGUUCGACAGUGUCAUCGUUGUGCAGAAGUACGGCUCUGCACAUGGAAUCAAAAGUCCAUGGAAGCUUGUUAAGGACGAGUCCUUUGCUGAGUACGCCGUCUCGCUGGAGAUCAUUCCCGGGGAAAAGGAGGUCGACUUCCAGCUCACGUUCCGCGAGAAUGUUCUUCCCACCGAGCAAGCAGGCUAUAUACUUCAAGAAGUUGAUGCAUUGAUGAAAGAUAUUCUGGCUUCGGCAGUUGGAAAUGAAGCAGAGCUGCCCAAGUCAUUAUUGUCAGUUGUUCCUUCGAAAGAUGAGCACAUUGAAACCGGCGUACGAUACCUUCAUGAAUUUGUCGAAGUGACAGCCAAAAGGAGACCUGACAAAGUGGCGCUUGAAUUUGUCACUAGCAUGCAGGGGACUGCCUGUCAGAAACAGAACUGGACAUACUCUCAGCUGGACGCAAUGGGCAACGAAAUUGCUCACAUGCUGCAGAAGAACGGAGUUCGGGUUGGAGAGCUGGUAGCCGUCUGCUUUGACAAAUGUCCAGAAGCUUCAUUCGCUAUUCUGGGCAUUCAGAAGGCAGGCUGUGGCUAUCUUGCGAUAGAUCCGGGCGCUCCAAAGGCUAGAAAGGAAUUCAUCCUUCGCGACGCUGGCUGCAAGAACGUACUCACCACGAGGAACAAGGCUGCGUACUUUUCCGCAGCUCAGGAUGUUACCAUAAUACCGGUCGAUGUCCACAAUUGGCACAGCCUCUCAGGCGAAAAGCCUACAUUGUCUCGGGAACUGGUUCCGCAGGACAUAUGCUAUUGUCUUUAUACCUCUGGCACAACGGGUACACCAAAGGGCUGUCUGAUUAGCCAUGACAGCGCUGUCCAGGCCAUGCUAGCUUUUCAGCGCAUUUUCAAGGGCCGGUGGAAUGAUUCCUCUCGGUGGCUCCAGUUUGCCUCUUUUCAUUUCGAUGUCAGCGUUCUCGAGCAAUACUGGAGCUGGAGCGUCGGCAUCUGCGUCACCUCUGCACCCAGAGAUCUGCUAUUCGAAGAUUUACCAGGUACCAUCAGGGCACUUAAGAUCACCCAUCUUGAUCUCACUCCGAGUCUUGCUCGAUUGCUGACUCCGGACGACGUUCCAAGCUUGUGUCGAGGUGUCUUCAUUGUCGGUGGGGAGCAAGUUACGCGAGACAUUCUGCUGACUUGGGGUGAUACUGGGUGUCUGUACAACUUUUAUGGACCAAGUGAAGUCACCAUUGGCUGUACAGUCCAUCAAAACGUUCCCAAGGAAGCCAAACCCACCAAUAUCGGUCAACAAUGGGACAAUGUGGGAUCAUUCGUGCUUGAACCAAAGUCACAGAAGCCAGUGCUUCGAGGGGCCGUGGGUGAACUUUGCUUGUCAGGGCCGUUAGUCGGAAAGGGCUAUCUCAACCGGCCUGAACUCACGGCAGAAAGAUUUGUGACCCUUAACGACUUCCAGACCAGAAUAUACCGGACAGGCGAUCUUGUCCGUCUUCUGCAUGACAAUAGCUUUGAGUUCUUGGGCAGAAUCGACGACCAAGUCAAGCUUCGAGGACAGAGGUUGGAGAUUGGUGAGAUCAACCACGUCGCUAAGAGUGCAGAUCCCGACAUCAAGGAUGUGGCCACCAUAGUCGCGAAGCACCCAACUCAGCAAAGGGAACAGCUUGUGACAAUCUUCUCUAUCGGACAGCGACGCUCAAAGAACGAAAAGCCAAAUGUCGUUAAGAGCGACGAGGCUACCGCGUUGGCUGGACGGAUCCAGGAAAGUUGUUCCCACAGACUUCCGGCGUACAUGGUUCCUUCUCAUUUUGUGGGAGUUGACUUCCUACCUCUCUCUGUGAACAACAAAAUUGAUAAUAAAGCGCUGAGAGUUCUGUACGAAAAUAGCGUAUCGCAGGUAGAGCUCGCAUCAUCAGCUGGAGAAGACCAGUCAAACCCGGAAGAUCCUACCCUCCUUGGUGAGGUGGUGGAGAUACUCGCCAGUUUCAUGCGGAUCCCAGCCUCGAGUAUCAGGCCAAAUUCAACGCUGUUCGAGCUCGGUCUGGACUCCGUUUCCGCCAUUGGCCUCUCACGAGCGUUCAAGAGGAGAGGGUUCCAAAACACGGAUGUGGCCACAAUCCUCCGGCACCCAAUCGUUGGGGAGCUUGCUCGAACUAUCAAUCAGAAGUCGAUGACUGACCAGAACAAGGCAGUAUCGGCGUCAAUGAAGCGUAUUGAGGCCUUUGCACAAACUCAUCGAUCAACAAUAUGCCAAGCGCUCAAUGUUAAGGCUGAGGACAUUGAAUCCGUCGCGCCCUGUACUCCGCUACAAGAAGGCAUGAUAUCCAAAUCCAUGCAGACAGACCUCGACGACACCACCUACUUCACAAGCAUGCGAUUCGAACUCGAGCCUGAAAUUAACAUUCCGCGAUUAAGGCAAGCAUGGCGUUCGGCAGUGCGGUCAGUCUCCAUUUUGAGAACAUAUUUUGUUUCUACCAUGGACGGAUUUGCACAGGUUAUCCUCCGGGCAAGUCCCAACUGCCACGUCUUGGAGUUUGGCGAUUCGUCAUUCGAACAAUGGGUAGCAUCCACUAAAUCUUUCUUGACCUCCUUGCCAUGGAAGGUUGAACUUGGCCAGAGGCGACAAAUGGUCCUGUACAUCUUCCAUGGGCUUUACGAUGGCAUUAGUCUUUCACUGCUCCUGGCCCAUAUCAAAAGGCUAUAUUAUCACCCCAACGAAAAGCCAAAGAUCGCCAAGCAGUUUUACGAAGCACUGGCCUACGGCCCUCUUUGUGUACUGGCCGACGAGGGAAAAUUCUGGUCAUCAAGGCUGUCUAGCCUUAAGCCACUCAGACUCUCCCAAGCUCAUCCGGAAAGUAGCACGUCAGAGCGGCCAAUUAUUGUAGACGAUUAUCUCAGCAAUGCUUGGGUUGACAUCCAAGACCUAUCCCGAAAACUUGAAGUCACCCCUCCGGCAAUCUUUCAGGCUUCAUGGUUGUACACCCUGGAAAGGAUGUUCAAGGCCACGCCUUCCAUGGGAGUGGUACUAUCGGGGAGGUCAACGGCCAAUGGCAGCUUCGAAGACGUGAUCGGUCCAAUGUUCAAUACUAUUCCCUUUGCUGUCACUAACCUCCCAAGGGGUUCGAAGUUGGAAGACCUCGUCAGAGCUUGUCACCAGUUCAGCAUGGACGUGAUCCAGUACCAGCAUACACCCUUGCGCACUAUUUCACGAUACCUCGGACAUGAUACAAAUUCCGCCUUGUUUGAUAAUCUGUUUGUCUUCCAGAAACCUCGGGCCGAUGAUCCAGACACCUACCCAUGGUGGGGGAUAUCUUCAGACAGCACCGCAGACUACCCUCUGAAUGUCGAAGUGGAACAAAAAGGCUCCACCUUUACCAUCACCAUUCUGGUGAAACCUGAAUAUUUGGACGAGACGGACGCCAAGCAGCUGCUCAGGACGUUCGUCGGAGCCGUGCAAAGUCUAGAAACGGAGCGGCUUCCUCUCUCCGAUAGUUUCUGGGUCCCCGAACCAAGAGCUGCUGUCAAUGGAAUCCACGAAAAGGGUCAAGAAUCGCGAGAGUUCUUUUUCGAAGCAGAAGACGAACAAUGGACCAAAACCGAAUUGGCCGUUCGAGACCAAAUCGCCGAAAUGGCUUUGGUGGACAAAAGUAGCAUUCAUUUGAGCAGGCCAUCCGUCUUCGAACUAGGACUUGACAGCAUCGAAGCCAUGAAACUCGCAGCUCGUUUGAGGAACGUGGGAUUCCAGGUUGCUGUGAGCUCCAUCAUGAAGCAUCCGACAGUGGCAGGCAUAGCCAAGCAGAUCCAAUACGGAACACAAGCACGUACCGACGCAGCCUCGGACAGGCCAGUCCGAUUUUCGGUAGCGGAGCAGCAAGAUCAAUACCGGCAUGUUUUGCAAGCUCAAGGAAUCGAUCUGAAGAAAGUGGAAACGAUCAUGCCGGUCAUGCCAAUGCAGGAAGGGUUGCUCGCAGAGUCGAAUAAAUACCUCAAUGUGCUGGCUUUCAAAGUCAGAUCUCAGAUCGAUGUCAAGCGAUUGGCCGCAGCAUGGGAUAAGGUAUCACAAGAGCAGCCAAUCUUGAGGAUCCGAUUUGCAGUGGAUGAGACGGCGGAGAACGAAGCUGCCUUCCUCCAGUAUGUGUUGAAGCAGGGAACCUCUGUGGAGGUGAUCAAGGAUAAGCAGCUAUCAGAAGUGAUCCGAACCUUGACGGAAGAUGCUGCAACUCAAGAUGUGGGCGGGCAGUGCUUCAAAGUCCGCAUCUUUGUCAAGAACGAGAAUGAGGCUUUCUUGCUGUUGGCAAUGCCACAUGCAAUGUAUGAUGCGUGGUCGUUGCAUCUUCUGCACAAGGAAGUCGCAGAUACGUAUCACUCUCUGAAGUCAGACCGAAAGCCUCCACCAGCUCUCCAACACCAUCUGGAAGAGGUUUUGAGUCGCUCAUGCAGCCAGGAAUCAACAAAUUUCUGGCACAGUCAGUUGUCGCAAAUGCGACCCAGCCUCUUCCGACCGACUCUCAGCAUUCAGGAUCGAGCCGCCCCAAGCUUCUUGCUUCACCAAACAUCAAGCAUCUGUCUGCCCGAUGCCAUACGCUUCUGUAAACAACAAGGCAUUACACUUCAAUCUCUUGCCCUCACCUGCUGGACGGUUGCUCUUGUACAUCAUACUCGCAUGUUGGAUGUAUGCUUUGGCCUGGUGCUUUCUGGCCGCACGACUGAAUAUUCGGAUCGUCUCAUCUUUCCCACGUUCAACACUGUGAUCUUCCGUCCCAAAAUAGAAAAGGGUGCCACGAGGACUCAAUUUUUGAGGAGGGUGCAUGACCUGUCUGUGCAGAUUUCCGAGUAUCAGCACUUCCCCUUGCGCAAGGCUGUGCAAUAUGCCAGACAGCAGGGAGCGGGCGCGGAAGUGUUCGACACGCUAUUCACCUUUCAGAAGCUGCCGAACGUCGAAAAUGCGCACCAGGAACUGUACGACGCAAUAACACAGGACGACGCCCCAAUCAACCCACCUUAUGCUGUCAACGUUGAACUAGAGGGUCAAGGCCAGGCUCUCUCAUGGACUAUAGCCUUCCAAGCAGCGAUGACCGGCAAGAGAUCUGGAGAGGAUCUUCUGAAAGAGCUUGACUCUAUAUUGUCGUCUUUUAUCGCGGGCCCCGAGCAGCCUAUGCUGGAAGAACGUGGCGACGCUGUGUCAAUCUGUGGACUACCCGAGAUACAGAUCUCGACUGCAAGCCAAGAUAACAAGGGUAUGAUCCAGGAGGCGAGGGACCAGGAGCAGGCCGCCAAUGAAGCGAGCUGGAGCCCAAUUGAAGCGACCAUCCGGGAUGUACUGGCCAAAGUCUCGAACACCGACAUCGCACAAAUCACGAAGGCACGCGGUAUCUUCCAUCUGGGUCUGGACAGUGUCAGCGCAAUCAAAUUCUCUAGCCUUUUGAAAAAAGAGGGUGUCAGGCUGCCAGUCAGCGAAAUCAUCAAAGUCCAAACGAUUGAAAAGAUGGCAGCGGCGGUCCAACGCUCGAAGACUACAGCUCCGCCGUCUGGAUCAGCAAUGACUAGCACAUUCCUGGGAGACACAAUAUCUCGAGCCGUGGGUGAUGCGAUCUCGAUUCCCAAGGAUAAUGUCGAAAUGGUCAUGCCAUGCACUGCGGGACAGAUCUACAUGCUCGAUAUGUGGACUGCGAGCGAAGGACGGUUGUUCUAUCCCACGUUCUGGCUCGAGGUCUCUGGCGUCAACAUAGAAACACUACAGAUCGCGAUGAAAAGCCUCACAAACCGCAUUCCGAUCUUGAGGACCACCUUUGUCAACUAUAACUCCGACGGGCACGCAAGGACUUGGCAGGUCGUCGUCAAAGAAGAGUCCGUUCCCAAGUACCAUUUCCCGUGGUCGUUCCGCAUCACGGAGUGGGCGGGUGGAUUGCUGCUUACUCUUCGCAUCCACCAUGCCCUGUACGAUGCUGUGAGUUUCCAGCUUAUGAUGACUGAGAUUGAGAAGCUUUGCCGGGACGACUCCUCAGGUUUCCAAAUAAAUACCAGGAUGGAUCAGCUCCUCGACAAAACCUGCAAUGUUCAGAAAGAAGCGCAGAACUUCUGGACUUCGUAUCUCAGCCUGGCUCAUGAUUCCUACGGCACCUUGGGGAGAGGUUCAUUUACAAGGAAGCGAAUUGAAAGAUUCAACCCAUCUGUCGUGCCAGUCGCUCAGUUGACCGAGAAGAUCAAGCAACAUGGUCUCAGCAUUCAAGCACUGUUCUUCGCCGCAUAUGCCAAGAUAUACUCAGCACUGUCCGGGAGGUGUCGCGGACCAGGGCAGAGCAGUGCGCCUCCGACAGAUGUGGUUAUCGGCAUCUACCUCGCCAACAGAUCCCUUGACAUUGAAGGACUUACCGAGCUUGUCGCGCCCACAUUCAACAUUGUCCCUGUGAAAGUCAAACUCGGGUCGAAGACACUUGUUGAGAGUGCGCAGCAGGUACAAGAAGAUCUCGGCGAGAUCACCAAGGCUGAGAACGGCGGUAUAAGCCUGAGGGAGAUCUACGACUGGACAGGCGUGAAGGUGGAUACUUUUGUAAAUUUCCUCUCCCUUCCCGGCUCGAUGGACGAUGAUUCAGGGAAGGCGACCGGUGGAUCAAAUCAUGAGAGUCAGAAAGGCCGAGUGACGCAUGCGAACAUCGACCAGGGAGUGAAGAGUCACCACACAGUUGUUGAAGCCCCUUCGCCUUUCUUGGGUGGUCAGAGUGGUUCGACACAGGCAAAUAAGUGGUGCUCGCCGGCUAUCGAUAUCGAAGCGAAAGUUGCAGAUGGGUUCCUCGGUGUCGGUGUCUUUGCUCCUGAGGAUAUGUUGUCUGAAGAUCAGGCUGACGGUAUCAUGGAGGGCAUGAGAAGAUUGAUGAUUGGUUUUGACGAGGUCUGAUCCGUUUGAUUCGUGAUUUUCUUUUCAUGUGUUGAAGCAUCGAAGUCCUUCCGGAUAUUUUAAUAUUUCAGGUAGAAUCUCGUUUGUUACAUAAGCUGUUCGUCACCUG